AUGGGCGGUCAUGUCAAUGUUGCGGCGCACGAUAGUCAUGCGGAGGUGGUCAAGCUGCUUGUGAAGAAGGGUGCCGACUUCAAGGUAGCCAACAGCUACGGCUCGACACCAGUCAACUCUGCUGCAGACAAUGGCUACCUGGACGUAGUCAAGUUCCUGGUGGAGAAGGGCGCCGAUAUCACACUGGCCAACGACGACGGCUGGACGCCAGUCAACUCUGCAUCAUCCUGCGGCCACCUGGAAGUGAUCAAGUUCCUGAUGCUAGUCAACUCUGCUGCAAACCAAGGCCCCCCGGAGGUGGUCAAGUUCCUAGUGGAGAAGGGCGCCAACCUUGAGGUAGCCAACAACGCCGGCUGGGCAUCAGUCAACGCUGCUGCUAACAAUGGCCACCUGGAGGUGGUCAAGUUCCUGGUAGACAAGGGCGCAUGUGACGGAAGGAACAUUUAG